AUGUCGACCUCCAGCGUUUCGCAGACCGCUGCGUCGGUAUUGCCAGAAAAUGACCAUGGAAGGUUGUCCCAUCGCACAGCUUCAUCCGAGAUCAAAUCCAACACAAUAGUACCUGCUGAGAAUGUCAAUGUGAGAAAUUCCACGAAAUCGAAGCGGGAUUAUAAAGGUUUUGUUGCGGGCGUGUUUUCUGGGAUUGCGAAAUUGAGUGUCGGUCAUCCAUUCGAUACCAUCAAAAUCAGAAUGCAGACAAGCGAACAUGGUCGCUUCCGAGGACCGCUGGAUUGUGUCAUGCAGACUAUUCGCAAGGAAGGGUUUAGUGGAUUGUACAAGGGCGCAACACCUCCGCUGGUCGGAUGGAUGAUAAUGGACUCUGUAAUGCUUGGUUCUCUUACCCUUUAUAAACGCCUUUUACUCGAAAAUGUCUUUUCGAAUCCGCAAUUGCGCAAUGCAAUUCCAUUCACUUCGUCACAACGAGAUUUGCAUGCUUUACCUAGUUUUGGGCAUGGUAUUGCGGGCAUCAUGGCGGGAUGCACAGUCAGCUUCAUUGCCGCGCCGGUCGAACAUAUCAAAGCUAGAUUGCAGAUCCAAUACGCGGCUGACAAGAAGCAGCGGAUGUAUAGUGGGCCGAUUGAUUGUUCAAGGAAGAUUAUCCGGAGCCAUGGUAUUCCAGGACUAUUCCGUGGUCUUUGCGCAACACUCAUCUUCCGAUCAUUCUUCUUCUUCUGGUGGGGAUCUUACGACAUCCUCACCCGCAUGAUGCAAAAGAAUACCAACCUCUCUGCACCAGCCAUCAACUUUUGGGCAGGUGGUAUAUCCGCGCAAAUAUUUUGGAUCACGUCUUACCCUUCGGAUGUCGUCAAGAACCGAUUGAUGACCGAUCCGCUAGGAGGCUCACAUGGCGACGGCGAGAGACGCUUCCCUCGAUGGAAAGAUGCUGUUGUUGCUGUAUAUCGUGAGCGCGGAUGGAGGGGAUAUUGGCGUGGAUUCUUGCCGUGCUUUUUGCGCGCGUUCCCAACGAAUGCUAUGGCUCUUGUGGCCUUUGAAGGUGUUAUGAGGUGGUUGCCAUAG